AGGGUUCAGCCACAUUGGAAAAGAGCAGAAGGCAAGGACAGACAUCCCCAAACCAACGACAAGGGACAUAUCUUCCGCAGCCUUCCAUUGCCAGUCCCAGACCUGCUACGAAGUCUAUCGGGCAGCGACCAGGAGAUAAUUUGGCUGUGGGCACCGCACAGUCAAAGAAGAAUAGGAUUGCAGCAGGGAGUCACAGGAAUUGGGCAACAGGAAAAGCAUCCCUUGAGCCAGCCACGGCAGCACAUGUCAAGCCCAAAUUGAAUAUAUCCCAACCUCUUGCAACUCCCAUAGGUUCCUCUUUUAGUGGUCCUCCCCCUACUUCUCGUCUACCUCGCGUCUACUUAAAGGCCUCGCUGACAUCCAGGAGCCUUAAGAGAGAACACAUUCACAGUGAUCAGAAUGUAGGUGCAGCAAGUACACAAGUUUCUAGGGUAACUGGCACUACACAUAAACAGACCCCUGUUAAAGCUGUUCCAACGAAAGCAAGAUGGAUGCCAACCCUUGAAAGGUGUACUGGGCCAAUUGUGCCCAGAAAUAAACCUUCUACUACCUACAAAGGAGCUUCUACUUCCUCUCCGGGUCCUCUCAAAAGAACUGCGUCUUCGAGAUUUGUUGGUUUAACACCAAGUAUACCAGUGGAAAAGAACAAGCCCAAGACUUCGUCCCGGCAGCAAGUGUCAACAUCCCAGGCAAAAGAGAAUCAAGGACCUCCAGAUGUGGUGCCACCCAGUCUCCCACGGGAUGACAGAAAUGACCAGAGGAUCCAGAAUCUUGAGGGACUGCUUGCGGCCUCUAACUGCAGAUUUCAAGCUGUCACUAUCGUCUUACAGCACAUUCUGUCUGAGCGUGAUGAAGCCACGGGGCAGUGCCAAGAACUCUCUCAGCAGUUGGUCAACCUCCAAGGAGAGUUAGAGUGCUCAGUCAAUUCAUCCGAACGGCUGGAAAAGGAGAAGCAGGACUUGCAGGAUGCUCUGGAGUGUGCAAUGCGGAGACUGCAGGAGCAGCACCAGAAGGACCUGGAAGAGAUGGAGCAGAGACUGCAGGCCUUCUACCAGGCUGAGUGGGACAAGGUCCACCUCAGUUACCAGGGCGAGGCAGACAAGUACAAAGCUCUGCUACAAACGCAGAUGGAACAACUUGAAGGAAGUCAUGACACUCUGAAGCUGGAAUUAGAGCGGAGCCAUGAAGAACAGCUGCAAUGUGUUAAACAACAACAUGAACAGUCACUGGAAGAGCUCAAGAAAUUACACACUCAGCAACUGGAGUCAUUGGAUGAAAGUUUGAAGGAUUCAGAAGUGGCACUCAUUGCACAAAUUCAAGUGCUGACUCGGGAAAACGUUGACCUGCUCGAAAAGCUAACGUCAGAAGAGAAUAAGCGGAGAGAGCUGGCGGUGGGACAGAAGGACUCGCACACUGUGUAUCUGGAGCAAGAGCUGGAAAGCCUCAAGGUGGUGCUGGAUAUCAAAAACAAACAACUUCACCAACAGGAGAAGAUGAUGAUUAAAAUUGAUGAACUGCUUGAGAAAAAUGUGAAGUUAGACGAAAGCCUUAAGAAGGUCCAGCAGGAGAACGAGGACCUCAAAGCUCGCAUGGAGAGAUACUCUAUGCUCUCAAAGCAAUUGCUUGCAGAGCAGGCUGUGCUGCAAGAAUCCCUUCAGAAGGAGUCCAAGGUGAACAAGCAUUUGUCGAUGGAGAAUGAAGAGCUGCUCUGGAAACUCCACAACGGGGAACCAAGCAGCCCACAGAAGGCAUCCCCUAGCUCUGCAUCUCCAUCCCAUUCCUUCAGCCUACAGUCACCUCCCAGCCCUGGGGCCUGCUCGCCCUUCCCGCUCUCACCCAGAUAACGAUGGCUCCCCCCGCUUCCAGGAAGCAAACAGACUCAAGUUAUCCAUCUUAAAGGUCACCCUGUUGACCUAUUGGCAAAGCAACAUUAUCGGCUUGUGGGGGGUGGAUCAUAUUUUUCAGAUGAACUGUGUCAUGAUUUAGACAGACACAGACUGUUAAAAUGCUGCACGCGAGCACUUAACCAAGGCCAUGUUGUUCUUUGGCUGUCUACAGAGGCAUGAGAAUGGGGGUGAGGGUACAAAGACUCAGGACUUGAGUAUCACAAAAUGCAAUCUUUUAUUUUUAUAGCCACUGGUGGUUUGUCUGUCUGGAUGCUCGGCACUCGCGCAUUGCAUGCACAUUGAUGCACAUAUUUAUACAGAAUUGAGGCUGUGGAUUCCUGCACGGUUAGUCACAAAUAUGUAAAAGUGUGACCCCCAACUGUCUUGGUAGAAUGAAACAUAGUAAUUUCCAGAAGACAUUAGCCUGAUACUGUGGCAGGUCCACAGGGCCAAUCCCAAUUCUGACUGUUUGAUGUGUUGUCCAACGUCACUCAUCCUGAAGGAAUCAUCCUCAUAUAGCUUUAAAACUGGGGUCUGUUGGCAAGGAGAGGCUUUGCUUCAGCAUGUUGUUUUGGAAAUGUCUCCGACGUAGAAUUUGGGUUUAAAUUUGAUUCUUGGAGAGUUAGCGCUGUUUGAAAUAUGCUAUUAAUAAACUAAUAAAAAUAUAUUUUUAACA